UCCUGCCUCCCUGGCCUGGCUGGAUGAGCCAGGAGCUCCCCACCGCUGCCGGUCAUUCCCCAGCCCCGGACUGCUGCCGCCCACACCAGCCCAGCACCCUCUUCCCGCUCAUCCCUCAGCCAGCGACCCUCGGCCCGGCCCUGUGCCCCGUGCCCACUUCUGACCAACUUGGCCGUCACCUUAGAAGGCUGGAGCAGGGACAGCGUCGCUCCGGUCGCCUGCUCCCUUUGGGUCCCCGUGUGAGCCCACGCCGGCCCCCAAGCCUGCCCGCAGCUCUGCCCCUGGACACCGGAUAACGCCCAGCGACCAGAGCCCGCGGGGGACGGCAUGGACCACAGCGCACGCUUCCUGGUCGUGGCCCUGCUGCUGGCCAUCGGCAGCCUCAGCCCCACAAGUCUUGCACAAGCAGUCCACUGUGACCUGCAGCCUGGGGACCCCGAGGUGACAUACUUCACAAGCCAGGUUCCUCACGGCUGUGUGGCUCACGUCCCCAAUGCCACCGUCGAGGUCCACAUCCUCUUCCUGGAGUUCUCAAGGACCCUCCCCCAGGUUAGUCCGUUGCUGAAGGUGACGGUCAACAUGUCCAAGCAAAACGGCAUCCAGCCCCGAGAGGUGCUGCUAGUCCUCAGCGUAAACCAGGCCAUCUUCCUGCAGCUGCAGGCCCCCGGAAUCCCGCUCCACCUGGCCUACGGCCCCGGCUACGUCUUCUACGGGUCUCUAGGAGUCGACAGCAUACACCUUCAGAACAUCACCACCAAGAACCAGUUCCUCAGCUGGGCAGGUGCGAGAGGUGCCAUUGCCUCUGUGGCCGAGCUGAAUGACCCCGAAAGCAUCAUCCUCCAUCUGGACCCAGCCCCGAGGUCGCCACCCCCCUGCAGUCCAGAAUCCCACAAAGAUAUGGGCGACACGCUCGAGUGGCAGCCACGCACUGGGGCCUUGGUCCAGGGCUGCCGCUUGGAAGGUGUGGCGGGCCACAAAGAGGCGCACAUCGUGCGAGUCCUGCCGGGCUCCGAAGCCAGGUCCCGGACGGUGAACGUGAAGGUGGACUUGAGCUGCACUUCAGGGAGCCCCGAGGCGGUGCUCAUCCUGCAGGGUCCACCCUACUUGUCCUGGUUCAUCGACACCAACCACACCAUGCAGAUCUUGACCACUGGUAAAUACUCCUUCAAGAUCUUCCCCGAGGAAAACAAGAGUGAGGUCGAUCUCCCCGACUCGCGCGAAGGCCUGCUGGGAGAGGCCCGGAGGCUCAACGCCAGCGUGGUGGCGUCCUUCGUGGAGCUCCCCCAGGCCACUGCCAUCUCUCUCCAGGCCAGCCGCUGUGGCAGUGGGCUGCCAGCCUCGCCCACACCCACCAGGACCACCCCUCCCAGGGAGAGCUGCAAUCCGGAGCUGCUCAUGACGCUGCUGCAGCCCAAGUGCACCAAUGGCACCAUGACUCUGGGACUCAAUAAAGACUACAUCUUGAGUUUGAGCUGCAACAUCAUCAGCCUGACCUUCUGGGACUCCAGCUGCCAGGCUGAGGACACAGGCAACCAGUUCAUCUUACACAGCACCUACUCCAGCUGCGGCAUGAAAGUGAUAGAAAAUGUGAUCAAUAAUGAGGUGAUCAUCAACUUCCUGUCAAGCCCGUCGCCGAUGCGGAAAAAGGUGCAGUGCGUCGACAUGGACGGCCUCUCCUUGCAGCUGGGCCUCUACGUCACCCCGCAGUUCCUCCAGCCCUCCGACACCAUCGAGCUGGGGCAGCAGGGCUUCGUGCAGGUGAGCAUGUCUCCGUCAAUCCCCGAGCUCACCCUCACACUGGACAGCUGCCAGCUGGACUUGGGGCCCGAGGCGGACGCUGUGGAGCUCAUCCAGAGCGAGGCGGCCAAGGCCAGCUGUGUGAGCCUGCUGUCUCCGAGCCCCCGUGGUGACAAGCGCUUCAGCUUCCUCCUCCGUGGCUACAUGGUGCCCACCCCCAAGGCUGGCAUCCUCAACUGCUCCGUCUACCUGUUUCUUGGUUCUUGGAGUCAGAAAAUCUACAGGACCGUCACCAUGCGCCUGAACGUCAUCAGCCCCGGCGUGUCUGGCCACACCCUCGUCCUGCCCGCCGUGCUGGGCAUCACCUUCGGCGCCUUCCUCAUCGGGGCCCUGCUCACCGCCGCGCUCUGGUACAUCUACUCGCACACACGAACCCCCAGCAAGCGGGAGCCCGUGGUGGCGGUGGCUGCCCCGGCCUCCUCAGAGAGCAGUAGCACCAACCACAGCAUCGGGAGCACCCAGAGCACCCCCUGCUCCACCAGCAGCAUGGCGUAGUGCCCAGCCUGGAGCCCUGGGAACCACCCAGCCAGCCCUUGCCCAGCCGGAGAGACUGAGCAGCCACCAGCUGGGAACCACUGGUCAUGAACUCGCCCUGUGGCCCCAACCCUUCCACUCGACCGAGGACGGACCGUGCCCACCGCCUCUUUCUCGGGGGCCUGCUGCCAGCGCGGGCACCAGCUCGGAACGCCUUGGGGUCACCCCACCCCACCCUGCAGAACCUUCAAACUCAGUGGGCCUAGGGUACGGCUGCCCAGGACCCCAGAGUGACAGAACACUGCCCUGUAUGUCCACGUUGUUAUAGAAACACAAAUCCGUUAUUUUAACCUGGACCCAGCCCUCGACGACCUGGGCAGGGCUGGAGGUGAAAACUCAAAGCAGACUGCCCGGCCCACUCGGACCCAAGGUGCCGCCGCCGUGACCAGCGAAGAACCGCCGGGAUCGGACCCCAGCAGCACAGCUUUGGACUGACGCAGCUUUGGGGUGGGGGGAACCGGCGCCUAGGGAUGCCCAGCCUGGGAACAGGGGAGCCUAGCUCCUUCUCGCAACUGUCACACGGGGACCCCUUCCCUCCUAGCCCAUCGGGAAGGCAGCAGAUAGGAGUGGCCAGGCUGCCUGACCUGGGUCCACCCCUAUAUACUCACCACCAAUAAAUCAGACCAUGAAA